CUCUCUCCCUCAUUCCAGAGCCUAGACCAAGAAGGAGCAGACCUUUACAGCCGAGUACCACCAGAAGAACCUCCACAGAAUGCAACACUAAAUAAACGCGUUUUAAUUCUCUCUUUGGACAUAAAAAGGGAAAGUUUGGCAUUUAAUAUAUUAUCUCUCUCUCUCUCUCUCUCUCUCCCGGCUGGAGCAACAAGUGAGAGAAACUUUUCAGCAAAGUUCGGCUCACUGGGCGGAGAGAAAGUCACUCACAUUAGAGUCUAUAAAAAGGCUGACACGGUACAAUGGAUCUUAUGACGUUGGUGGCUUUCAGCUCCUGGCUGGCUCCUGCACUCGGAUCAGCGUUUGGCAGGGAAGUGUUGGCUUCAGCGGCAGUCGCAGAUAAGGACAAAGACUAUGACAGUGCUUUUCAUUACGAUUAUGAAUCUCUGAGAAUCGGUGGCCUGGUUUUUGCAGUGGUUCUGUUCCUCAUGGGUAUUGCCCUAAUUGUCACCAGAAAAUGUACCUGUUCGAGUGACAAGCCAAGGUCCAGAGGUCCAGAUGUGGAAUCAGGUGUUCCAAAGGCCAUGUCCACCACAGAAACAAUGUUUCCAGACCGAAGUGACUUUGAUUAUGAUUAUGAGACUCUGCGGACCACAGGGGUUAUCCUUGCUGUUAUUAUGUUUGUCUCUGGCAUUUUAAUAGCCCUGAGUAAAAAAUUCACAAAAUGUGUAAAAUCCUCAUCCAAUUCCAGCUCAUCUGGUACCCAGAUUCCAAAGACAGAGGUACCUCCUCAAACUGUAUAGAAAAUAUUGUAUAUACUUAAAAGAGAGGUCGGCACAGGAGCCACGCCAGCGAAUAUACACCAUGGCCAUUCCUCUUAUGGCCAAUAUACCUCUGCCAGCUGGAUGAUCAAGAAACAGGGUUUUCCAACAUGGUUUCACUAGGUUUCCCACGGAAUUCUGUAAAAAAUCUUAAGUGAGAAAAUAUCUAUCUAUAGAUUGCUCAGUAUUCUGUGAGUGUUGGGACUAAAAGCUUGUUUUAGACCAAAAAAAAAGAAGAAGAAAUAAUAAAAAAAAAAAUUCCAAGACUUGAUGAGGUACUUUUAAUCGAACAAAUGAAACAAUUAUUGCUGUCCCUCUUGCUUAAAUUUCACUUCUGUGAAACAAUUGAAUUAAAAGCAUGAUUAAAUAUUUAAAGACUAGCACAAUCUCCAGGUCGAAACAAAGAAGUGCAUGCAUUGAUAACAUUGUAACAACUGUCUUUUGCCUUAUUUUUUCUUUAUUUCUGUUGAUAUCUACUUUUAUGCUCCUUAGAAAAAUGGUAACUUAUUAAUAGAAUAGACCAAAUAUAACCUAAAAAUUAAAUAGCUAGCACAAUAUCUUAAUGAAAAAAUGUAAAGACAACAUUCAGUAAUGUAUUUUAUUUUGAAAAUGCUUUUAAAAAAUACAAGAAUGGAUGAAAUGUGUAGUAAUAUGUUGAUUUGGGGUUUACGAUUUCUGUUUUAAUUUAAAAGGGCAAAUGUAUUAAAAAUGAAAUUAUUAUCUGUAAAAGCCUAAACAAUGAGACCACUGUUUCAAAUAAAGAUCCUGUCAACUCAA